CAGAUGAUAUGGAAGUUUGUGCGGAUUACAUAUUGAAGCUGGUUAAUUGUGUGGUGAGAGGCGAUGAUCUGAUAAAGGGACUGCGCCACAUAGGCGAGGUGGAGCUGUAUGAGCGGCUUUCGAAUGUUCUGGAGCUCAGUAAAUUGGCGGCGGACGAGCCGAGAGUGCCUAUGGCAAAACCACACGACGAACAGUUGACGGCAUCCCUCAAAGAGCUGGUGACUGAGAUCACUAUGGCCAGUGUGCGCAUGGCUGGAGCUGUACGGUAUAUGGCUAGCAAACCAGCGAAGAGUCAUGAGAGAUACACGCGCCCACUAGCCACACCUAUGCUCGAGGUCGCACACCAAUGUAGUGCUCUGCUGCGAUCCUAUUCAACGGCCUUGCGCGAGGGUCAGCUUAUUGCCAAGAAAGACGCGUCACUAUCCAAGAGGCAAGGUGAUCUGGAUGAAGGGCCGCUGCAAUCGGCCUAUCGGGCGCUGCGAGCAUACCAUAAACAGAGCUCCAGCAACAAUCUGCUGGCGUUAGAAAAUGAGCUUCUUGAUGAACAUUGGGUACAUCCAGCGACCUUGGCGUUUAUGCUCAAUCUUGAAUCGAUUGUGGAGAUGGUAUCAGCGAUAGACAGCUUCCGUAUCCAAUAAAGGAACAUUGUGCAAAAUCGGUCCACAAAUAAAACGGAGUGACAUACCUCAUAGGAUGCUCGAACUUUUCUUCUCGUAGCAAUAAAGCAACGGCAC